GAAAGAGGAGUCAAGACUUGUCUGCCUGCGGAUCAGUGACAACCUAUAUGACUCCUUCAGCAUCAACAGCAUCGGCAAGUGCUUCAAGAAGUGUGGGCUGGAGGAUGAACCCUGCAGUUCAGAGAAGCUGCAGAGAUACUGGCUAGACUAUGAAGCCCACGUGGUGGAGCAGAGUUCGGUGAACAUAGUGAACGAGUCUUUUGUGAAGACUUUGGUCCAGAACCUGAGCACUGACAUCUCAGAGGACCUGCACUUCUCCCUGGAGCCCUCGCAGGUCCCCAGGCCAGUGAUGGAGAAUGAGGACAAGCCCGCUGACAGAGUCCGCCUGCCCAGGAGCUUUUUAGCAUCCCUGGGGGACAAGAGACCCAACGUCCGGUUGGCCAUCACCGUCCUGGACAUUGGUCAGGGGAGUCUUUUCAAGGUGAGGGGAGGUCUGGGUGGGGUCUGGCCUUUGGAAAUAACCUUCUCCCACCAGCCCCACCUCCCGAACAUGACCCUCACCUGUGCUUUCUGGGAUGUGACGACAGGAGACUGGGUGUCCAGAGGCUGCUCCACUCAGCGGGCAGAGAGGAGCACGGUGUGCCGCUGUGACCACCUGACCUUCUUCGCCCUGUUGCUGAGGCCCGUCCUGGACCGGGCUACCGUGCAGGCCCUCACGCGCAUUUCCCAGGCGGGCUGCGGAACCUCCAUGUUCUUCCUGGCCCUGACCAUCACCCUCUACGCCGUGCUGAGGUUCUUCCGGCAGAGAGUCAAGUCAGAAGAUGCCCCCAAAAUCCACAUGGCCCUGAGCGUCAGCCUGUUCCUCCUGAACCUGGCCUUCUUCGUCACCGUGGGGAGCGGCUCCCAGGGCUCGGCGGCUGGCUGCUGGUUCCGAGGAGCCAUCUUCCACUACCUCCUGCUCUGCGCCUUCACCUGGAUGGGCCUGGAAGCCUUCCACCUGUACCUGCUCGUCCUCAGGGUCUUCAACACCUACUUCGGACACUACUUCAUGAAGCUGAGCCUGGUGGGCUGGGGCCUUCCUGUCCUGGUUGUCAUCGGCGCCGGAAGUGCCGACAGCUAUGGCCACUACACCAUCCUGGACCAGGACAACCGGACCACACUGGCUCUGUGCUGGUUCCAUAAGACGACUGCCCUCUAUGUCACCGUCCACGGCUACUUCCUCCUCACGUUCCUCUUCAGCGCCGUGGUCCUGGGCCUUGUGGCCUGGAAGAUCUUCACACUGCCGAGCGCCAUGGCGGGCAAGGACCAAGGGCCCACUUGGAAGGGGGUCCUCACCCUGCUGGGCCUCUCGAGCCUGGUGGGCAUGACCUGGGGUCUGGCCAUCCUCACCCCCCUGGGCCUGUCCACUGUGUACAUCUUCACGUUGCUCAACUCCCUGCAAGGUGUCUUCAUCUUCUGCUGGUUCACAGUCCUCUACUUCCCCAGCCAGAGCGCCCCGGCCUCCUCGGCUGGAACCGCCCGAGUGGACCAGAAUCACUCCGUGUCUCAGGGAUGA